AUGGCAGAGUUGAAGGAGCUUACCUACCAGGAUAUUGCUGAGCACAACACCAAGAAGGAUCUUUAUAUCGUUGUGCACGACAAGAUCUACGAUACCACCAAGUUCAUUGAUGAACAUCCCGGUGGUGAAGAAGUCCUAUUAGAUGUUGGUGGCCAAGACGCGACAGAGGCUUUCGAGGACGUCGGCCACAGUGACGAAGCCCGAGAAACCCUCGAGCAACUCCUUGUCGGUACCCUAAAGCGAAAGCCUGGUGACCCUCAACCCAAGGCUCAACAGCCCUCCCUUGCCCCAGCUGCCAACACAAGCUCGGCCGGCUACGGAACCGCCCUGUACGCUGUCAUCUUCAUCGGUGGACUGGUCGCUUUCGGUGCCUACCAGUACCUACAGGCCCAAGAAGGAAAGGAGGCCUAA